AUGAGACCGAUUCCUGUUUUCGUUUCUUCUUGGGCGAGAAGACCAUUCUCGUCUUCGUCUCGGCUAUGGGCUGACUUCUAUGACCUCUUGCUCGAGCAACCGCGAAUUGGGCCAAGGGUUUUCGGUGGAUCCACGGCUGCCCCAGAGUUUGCCUAUAUCAAGCCCUCAGCAGAACGUGAUGCUUUGGACGCCAAGAAGCGUAAAGAGGCUAUGCAGCGAAACGCGAAAACAAUUCAAGGCGUUUCCAUUCCAAAUAAACCAGAGGAGCCUGACAACUGCUGUCAGAGUGGCUGCAUACAUUGCGUUUGGGAUCUUUACCGAGAAGAUUUACAAGAGUGGCAAGACGCCCGACGAAGAGCUGUGAAAGCUCUGCGGUCUCACGAUCCACCAUUGCCUACUCCAGAGUUCCUACUUGACGCAGAUAUCGGAGUUGAGGAUGAUCCGUUGGAGAAGGUCAGUCCGGGCAUGCGUGCGUUCAUGAUGCUUGAGAAACGUAUUCGGGAAAAGAAUGAAGGAGAUGUCGGAUUAAGAGAGGGAGCAAAAGGAGUAGGCCAGAGCACUGGCUCAGUAGUUGACGAGGCAGUCGGCUUAGACAACAAAUUCGGAGGCGAGGGGUGAGUUAAUUGAGAUAUAAUUAGAUCAUUGAAAGAGAAGCCCAGGACACCAUUCGCACAGAACAAAUAAAAGAACCCCAUAUCAAUACCAGAGACGCCACGGCAGCAUGCUCGCUGCGUCCUCAGG